AUAACCCUAAUCGUAAGCAAAGAUAUGGGAUCGUCUUCAAUGGCUUCCCUUCUUAUUCUAGUCUUGGUGGCAGCUCUAAGCUUGCCGUCGGCCACCGCGGGAGGCUACGGUUACUCUUCCCCUCCUCCACCACCUCCUAAAUAUAAAUCACCGCCGCCGCCGGUGUACUACUCUCCCCCACCACCAAAAAAGUACGAGUACUCGUCACCCCCGCCACCUCCUCCCCACUAUUAGGUCAACAUAUGUACUCUACUAAACCAUACAUGAAGGAAGAAUGAAAGAAAUAUAUGUUUCCAAAUCAAUAAAAGGGGAUAGCCUAAUGAAGAUCAUCCAUCAUUGCUAUACAAAGAAGGCUUUUUUAAUUUGUUUGCAUCUAUGAUAUUUUUUGUUGUUGUUUCUAUAUGUGUGUGACUUUUCCUAUACUUUGAUCAGUAAAAAUAAAUUUGCUUGUGUUUCUUUCUCAAAAAA